AUGGCUUUUGCACGUCAUCUACCAGUUGAUAUGUCUCUUUUGCGUCUCCAAGACAAGCACGUGGUUAAGGCAAUUUGGGAAGGAACUGAAAGAGUUCUUCGACCGAGAAGACAUGCAAUAUGGAUAUCAAAGCAUUUCGACGAGCUCGACGAAAGAGUGAUGAACAUCCUACAAGCAGCCAAAUUUGACCAUAUUUUAAAAGUAUCAAAUAUGGAAAUAAAUCACGUACUAGUGACUGCUUUUGUGGAAAGGUGUAGAAUUGAGACUCAUACUUUCCACUUCCCUCUAGGAGAAAGUACAAUAACACUGGAAGACGUCGCACUCCAACUCGGUCUUCCGAUUGAAGGUAAUGUUGUGANUGGCAUCAGUAGUGGACCUCUACAUUUAUUUUGUGAACAACUACUAGGACAUGUUCCUCCAGAAAAUANUGUGAGAGGCAACAGAAUCAAAUUGUCGUGGCUGAAUAAUACGUUUCGCCAAUUACCUUAUGAUGCCACAGAUGAGGUUGUUCAACAAUACGCUAGAGCAUACAUGUUGAUCGUGAUUGGCAGCAUACUAAUGCCAGAUACAUCUGCGAGUAUGGUACAUUUGAUGUAUCUUCCACUUUUAGCUGACUUGGACAACGUUAGAAGCUAUAGUUGGGCAUCUGCAGCUCUUUCCUGCUUGUAUCGUGCCCUUGAUCAUGGUACAAGACUCGAUCAGGACAAUAUCGGAGGCUGCAUGAUAUUGUUACAGUCUUGGGCAUGGGAAAGAAUAACAUGUCUUUCUCCGCAAAUACACGAGGUUACUCAGCAAGACAUCUCCGCCGGUACUGUUUUCCCAUUGGCGAAAAAAUGGUGUCGAACUACACAAACAAGACGGCACGACACCGCAACAGUACAAGAAUUUCGUCAAAAAUUGGAUGACCUUUCACCGAAACAGUUUUUAUGGACGCCAUAUAGACGGAAUGAAAUUCGUCAAAUUAUUCUAGUCCAACUCCCCCCCACUUGUCGAGCACUUGUGCCUCUAAUAUGUUUCUCAGUUGUAGAAUUCCACCAGUCAGACCGUGUGGUGCGUCAAUUCGAAUUUCGACAACCUGUACCGCAACCACCGCUAAAUCUCGAUGAGGUUCAUAAAUUAGAUAUAAGAGGACGAGCAGACUGGGAUUGGCAAGACCACCAUCAACAGUGGAUUGCUUUAUGGAAUGACCGACACAAUCGUAUCUUUACCGGUGUUGCAUUCAACAGAAAUGGUCACUUGCGUGACGAUUCAGAGUAUAUGCAAUGGUACAUAAGUCAUAUUAUCCGAACAAGGAGGCAACGAGUUGCUCUCCAUCUCCCAGCCGACGCAUCCCAAGGCCACCAUCUCCACCACUGCUACAAGCUGCCGGGAGUCGUGGUCAAAGGCGUCAUCGAAGACGCCGUUCGUGCUAGAGCCGUCGCCGGUCACCGGAAGGACUCUUCCCCCCUCUUUUCUUCUUCGCGCGCGAGAGAAGUAUUCUCGCCUCUCCGCGUCACGUCGCCAUCGCCGGUGACCGCAAGGGCUCUCUCCUCUUCUUACCUUCUCCGCACAGCAGCUCUGACUGGCACUGCUUAA